AUGGAAUCUCUUGCUCGUGCCUCCAUCAAGGCAUGUCCUUUUGUUAGCGCCACUUCCACCCAGGCUCUCCGCCAAAUGAGUCGCCUUUCCACCUUGUCCCAGCAUGCCAAAGCUUGUCCUUUUGCUGGUACUGCGUUGAAGGCCAGAGAAUACUCGUCAUCCUCAAACACUCUUAAGGCAUCCAGUGCCUCCGCCACCUCCUUCUCUUCGGAGAAAGUGUCUGAGUUUUACUCGUACUCUGAGAAGGACUUGGUCAAAGGUAAGUUGAAUGUUGUGGAUAACGUUUCGAACAAGAACGCCUUUGACUACGAGGGCUUUCUUGACGAAGAGCUUGUGAAGAAGAGACAAGACAAGUCGUACCGGUACUUCAACAACAUCAACAGGUUGGCCAGCGAGUUUCCCAAGGCCCACUUGUCCGAAGAGGCAGACCGGGUCACUGUUUGGUGUGCGAACGACUAUUUGGGCAUGGGCACAAACAGCAAGGUGAUCUCGGCCAUGAAGAACACCCUCGACAAGUAUGGAGCUGGGGCUGGAGGAACCCGGAACAUUGCGGGCCACAACAUGCACGCCAUCAAGUUGGAGUCUGAGCUUGCUGCUUUGCACAAGCAUGAGGCCUCGUUGGUGUUCAGCUCGUGUUUUGUUGCCAAUGAUGCAGUGCUCUCCAUCUUAGGACAAAAGAUGAAGGACUUGGUCAUUUUUUCGGACGAGUUGAACCAUGCGUCUAUGAUCCAAGGUAUCCGCAACUCGAGGGCCAAAAAAGAGAUCUUCAAGCACAACAACUUGGAGGAUUUAGAGCGCCGCUUGGCGCAGUACCCCAAGUCGGUGCCCAAGUUGAUAGCGUUCGAGUCUGUGUACUCGAUGUGCGGCUCAAUUGCCCCAUUGGAAGCUAUCUGUGACUUGGCCGAUAAAUAUGGAGCGUUGACCUUUUUGGACGAGGUGCACGCCGUUGGCAUGUACGGUCCUCAUGGUGCUGGUGUCGCGGAGCACUUGAACUUCGAGGAGCACUUGCAGGCCGGUUUGAACAGCAUCAGGAAGGAUUCUGUCAUGAACAGAAUUGACAUGGUUACCGGCACGUUGGGUAAGGCGUAUGGUGUUGUUGGUGGAUACAUCACGGGAAAGCGGAACAUGAUCGAUUGGUUCAGAUCCUAUGCCCCGGGGUUCAUUUUCACUACGUCUUUGCCACCAGCCGUCAUGGCCGGUGCAACUGCCUCGAUCAGACACCAGAGAGCCACCUUGAAAGACAGAAUUGCCCAGCAGAAAAACACCAGGUUCGUGAAGAACAACUUGAAUGAACUUGGAAUCCCCGUGAUUCCCAACCCCUCGCACAUUGUGCCUGUGUUGGUGGGUAACGCCAGGGACGCAAAGAAAGCUUCCGACUUGCUUUUGGAAAAGCACAACAUUUAUGUGCAAGCCAUCAACUUCCCCACUGUGCCAAUUGGCGAGGAGCGCUUGAGAAUCACGGCAACCCCAGGCCACGGUCCUACUAUUGCUACCGAGUUGAUCAAUGCUGUGGACAGUGUCUUCACUGAAUUGAACUUACUGAGAACCUCUGAUUGGCAGAGAGCUGGAGGUUUGUGUGGCGUUGGUACUGCGGAGCCUGCGUCGGUUGACCACAUCUGGACAGACGCUCAGUUGGCAUUGACAGACGCGGACUUGAACUCGAAUGUUGUUGAGCCAUCUAUUGCCCCUAAUGAGGUGAGUUCCGGCGUCAAAAUCUGA